CACUCAGUGGCAGUUCCCUGGAGCUGUCUGUCCCCUCUGGAGCUUCGGCAGAUCCUUCUUUCAGAAAUCACUACCAAGAGCCCUGAACAGGAGCCACCAUGAAGUGCUACAGCUUCGUUAAGAACAUGAUGAUCCUCUUCAAUUUUCUCAUCUUUCUGUGCGGUGUGGCCCUGUUGGCAGUGGGCAUCUGGGUGUCAGUCGAUGGGUCAUCCUUCUUGAAGAUCUUCGGGCCACUGUCGUCCAGCGCCAUGCAGUUUGUCAACGUGGGCUACUUCCUCAUCGCGGCUGGCGCUCUGCUCUUUGCUCUCGGUUUCCUGAGCUGUUAUGGUGCUCACACUGAGAACAAGUGUGCCCUCAUGAUGUUCUUCAUCCUUCUCCUCAUCAUCUUCAUUGCUGAGGUUGCAGCUGCUGUGGUUGCCUUGGUAUAUACCGCCAUGGGUGAGCACUUCCUAACGUUGCUGGUAGUGCCCACCAUCAAGAAAGACUACGGUUCCCAGAGCGACUUCACCCAAGUGUGGAACACCACCAUGAAAGGGCUCAAUUGCUGUGGCUUCAACAACUACACGGAUUUUGAGGGCUCUCCCUACUUCGUAGAGAACAAGGUCUUUCCCCCAUACUGUUGCUUUGAUCAUGUCAAUGACACAGCCACGGAACCCUGCACCAAGGAGAAGGCUGAGAACAAGGCUGUACAGGGUUGCUUCAGUCAGCUUCUGUAUGAAAUCCGAACCAAUGCAGUCACUGUGGGUGCUGUGGCAGCUGGAAUAGGAGGCUUGGAGCUGGCUUCCAUGACUGCGUCCAUGUAUCUGUACUGCAAUUUGAAAUAAGUGCUUCUGCCUCCGCCACUGCUGCUGCCACACAGGAACUGGGAAGAGGCACCUUGGCACUGACUGCCAAGUGGCAGUGAUCAGAGUGGGGACAGGAUCUUAAGUGUCAUUUGGGCCAGAGCAGGCCCGGCUUUGCUAUUCUGGAGUUGGGACUAAGUCGGGACCACCCACUUCGGGCCGUGCCUGCCUUCCGUUGGUAGGGCUGGGGCCCACCUGCUCCAGAGCCAGUUCUAAGGUAGCCAGUUCUCCUGCCCAUUACUCCAGUCUAUCUCUUAAACCCUUGAUACCCCUUCAGACCCCUGGGGGCUCUUGGUGAUCCCAGUACUCCACUGGGGGAUGAGAGAAAGGCACUCUACAACCUGGGCAUAUGCGAAGUUAGCAGUAACUGGCGGAUGUGUAGAAGGCACUUCAGAACUUAUAAACCAAUUAAAAUGUUUCUAUUUCAUGUGUAUCCUUGGCGGGGGAAGGGCCCAUCUUGCCUAAACUGGCCUCAGAUUCUGGCCCCUGGGAAGGUAGCAGAAGGGAAGUGAGAUGGAGGUAGGUGGCUUUUUCUCCCCUCCAUUUGGAUUCUGGGCCUGGGAGGGAGCCUAACAGACUACCCAAGAGGGAACUGAGGGAGAAAGUAGGGGCUGGGCCAGUCUGCCUUCCUAUCACGUCUAUCACGUGCGAGGACUUUGGCCUGAAAUUACUCACUCCUGGUUGGAGGCACUGGACCAGAAAGCUAUGAAAAUAACAAGCUUGUGCCCGAGUGGGGGCAGGGAGACACUGCCAAGGCAGUGGGAGAGGAUCACUCCCUAGGCUCUGGGAAGCCCCCUGGCAGCCUCCAUUGGACCCUUCCCUCUCAAGCAAAGCCCUACAACUGUCCCUGCUUUGGGGAUUUCAGAAAAUUGAUUUGUUCUCGGACUUGGCCUGCCUGGUGCUCUACAGAUGGAUCUCUUAUUUUGUCUUAACCACCUCCAUGCUCCAGAAACUGGGCCUAGAAAGGCCAAGUGACUUGUUCCAGGCCCACAACCUUCCAUAAUGAGCUAAGCCUGGUUUUGGGUCCAGGCCAUUUGAUUCCAGAGCCUGGUGGGGUCUUGGCUGACAUGGUGACAGAUUUCCCAGGCCAGAAUGUCCCAGACAGAGAAUACGGUUGCUGCUCAACUAGGAGUGAUAGCACUAAGGAGGGAGCCCAUGGCAAGAAAACUAUGGUGUCUGCUACCAAGCCAAGCCCAGUGGGGCAAACUAGUCCUCCUUGCUUUCCUUUGACCCCCAAAUCCCUCUUCCUAGGUUUUUCUAGGGCAGCCCAGAAUUAUCACCCCUUGCUGGACCCAAAAAGGUACUGUGACUUGGCCAGAACCAUAUAGUGCCUGAAAGCUGGUCUGUGAGGCCCAGAUUAGGAGCUGCUGGGGGUCAGGCAGGGAGAGCAAUGAGCCCCUCUCCCUGCUACACCACUUUACUGUGCCUGGCACACACAACCCCUCCCCCAGGUGCCAAAUGGAGGCUGCAGAUUUGUUUGCAAAGGGCGGGCCUCUGCCUCAUCAUGGACUAAUUGUUUCUAAUCAUGGCUGUUGUGGCACCCGCCUCAAGCACUAUCUCUAGCUCCAGGAAACACUGAAGGCGGCAAGGUGCUGAGAAACGUCCAAGCCAUACACCACCCGUACCAUCUUGGAGCCGAGAUCCAGGAACAGGAGGGGUUAUAGGGGUGGGAGGCAAGAGCAGAGAGCUGGUGAAAGGUUGGGAGUUCCAGUCAGUUCCUGCCUCCCUGGGCAAGGCUCUAUAGCAGCUCACCAGGCAGACCCCUUCUCAAGAGGUGUCCUAAGUCCCUCACAGACCCCUUAAACAUCAUACCUCCUCUACCUUGGGCUAUCUCAUCCAUUCCCUCUGGACACUCCCAUACAUUUUCUGGUGCCUCUAUGACUACCUAACUUAGAUCUCUCUAAUCUCUUUGGAUCAUUGGCUGGAUAACAAUCUAAUGAAAACAUGGCUUUUCUCCAGAAAAACUGCCCAGCUAUGGAAUCUGCAUACAGUGCCCUAAGGGUCACAGAAAUCUUUGUUCCUAUGUCUCUAUCUGUAGCCUAGUCCUAGCCUCCUGAGUGAUGACCAUCCAGUUCCCUCUUACCCAGUUCCUUCCCACCCCAACCCCACUAUGCUCACCUGCUCUCUCAUCACCUCCCCAACCCCAAGUAUCCCCUUUCACUCUCUCUUGCUUCAUCUCUGGGGACAGGUGCCUGGCCAACAAGCUAGGCAGGGAACAGCCCAGUGCAGUGGUUAAACAGGGAAGGAAUGUGGGGUGGCUACUCCAAGCUCAGCCUCAACUAAUGUGGAGCUGUGGUUAGGCUCAGCUGCCCUAGGGUGGAGCCUAGGGAAAAACCUUAAGAAUGUAAGACUUGGGCAUCCCCUGGUGGCCAAAUG